CGGAUCCUAAAUCACCAACAAAAAAAACCGACAUGCUAAAACCCAUAUCACAGGAUAAUCCACAUCAUAUGGUACUAGAUGAAAUGACUAUAGCAGUUCUGUUAUUAAUCUCUUACUAAAACCGGUCUUCAGUUUGUCUUUUGAAUGGGCUCUUUCUCCUUGGAACAUUGUCCAUGGAUACCUCACAGUGUAGACUGAACAGACACCCAUGCUGUUGCUUUCAUUUCAUUUAUUUUAGAUUGAUUGACACCAUCACCAUGACAACAACUUUAGUAGCCCCGAGGAGAAAAAUCUAUAAAAUGGCCUCCAGCUUUACCUUUAUUCUCUCUAAUAUAGACCAGCUAUGUGAUAAAUGCUAACACCAGCUGCCAGGCCCGAUGUGUGCGUAAGCACAUAAGAAAAUAUGUGUUAUGUCCUGUUUAUUAACUUAGUUGAUGGAUUAAUACCAUUCUCUCAACCCUAGAAACCUUCAGUAAUGGAAGAAAAGCGUCACAGGAGAGUGCCAUGGAAGAACUGAAAAGCAUUCUGGAGACAGUGAAGAAGAGUCCCAGUCGGGGGUCUCAGGAGUCGGUCCCGUCCCCCCCAGGGAAGAGCCCUGUCAGCAGUGAGCUGGAGGUCAUCCUCAGGAGGAGACGUAAACAGGCCUGUGACUCUGGAGGAGAUGAGAGCAGGGACGGACAAAUAAGCAAGGUUUCGUCCUCUGACAGCCUGAACGGGAGGCACAGCCAGAGUUCCCACAGCUCCGACAGCUCUGGCAAAGAGCCAGAGGGGCCUACAGGGCCAGGGCCUGGGCAGAGCCCCAGAGAGCCAGCCUCCCCCAGCGGAAGGGGCCCCGGCCCAGCCGUAGCAGCCAGGCGCAGGUCAGACUCUUGCCAAGAGCCCCAAGCAGGGUCCUGGCUGGACAGGAGGUCCCGUACUUCUUUGUCUGAGAAAGAGGUCUACUCUGAGGCACCGGUCACCAAUGGAUGCAUUGUCAGUGGGGAGGAGCCUGAGAAGCAGAAGCCAGAGAAAUGGGCACCACAGCCCAACGGAAUCAGCCAUCUUAACCCGGGCCUGACUGUGGAGUCGGACACGCAUGUCACACUCUCUCCCAGCCUCUCCGCAGUGCCCAACCCACUCAGCGGGAACGGGAACACGGAUGCAGAGUGUUGAAGGUCGGCUCCAGAGGUCCCUGCACAAUUUGCACAGAAUCUCAGUUAUCUGCAGUUAGAGACAUUUAAUUAGAAAAGCUUUAGGUUAUUUUAUUUUAUGCACAAACUCUCUCGAUCUGAUGUGGCUUUGUGUCAUCAUCUAAUGCACUGUUUUAGAAUACAACCUUUUUAUUUAACCAGUCUCUCUCUUUCUCUGUCUGUCUGUCUGUCUCUCUUUCUUUCUCUGUCUGUCUCUCUU